CAUUUCCUCUUCCUUCUCUCAUCUCCAUUUGUUCUUAAGCAGUAAAGCAGCACACAAAAACCAAAACCCCUCAAUUCAUUUUCAUCCGAAUCUUUUUCUCCAUUUCUUGAUUCUUAUAUUAAUGAAAAGUUGAAUCCUUUUGACUCUUUGAGAUCAACCCUUUGUUCUUUAUUGAUCAAAUAUCAAUGGGUAUGGUCUUGAUUUUCAUCUCAUUCACUUUAUUAUGCUUGGUUCCCCCUUCAUAUGGGUUUGAUCCAAUGGAUCCCCAAGGCAACAUAACCAUCAAAUGGGAUCUUUUACAAUCCAAUACAGGAACAACUGAUCUGAAGAUAUCUAUCUCCAACUACCAACUCUACCGCCACAUAGAGCCACCGGGGUGGAAAUUAGGAUGGUUUUGGGAAGGUGACGAGGUGAUUUGGAGCAUGACUGGAGCUCAGGCAACACAACAAGGAAACUGCUCCAGGUUCAAGGGACAGCAACUUCCCCAUAGUUGUGAGAAGGCACCACUGAUUGUGGACCUUUUGCCAGGAACACCAUAUAACCGGCAGACUGCCAAUUGUUGCAGAGGAGGCGUCCUUACAUCCAUGACACAAGACCCUUCUAAGUACACAGCCAGUUUUCAAAUGAAUGUUGGAGUCGCCACUGACUCCAGUAACUUCACAAUGCCGUUUAAUUUCUCUGUUGGAAUUGCAGGGUAUAGUUGUUCAAAUGCUACAGAGGUUCCUGCAACCAAGUUUACUACAGAUGGUGGCCGAAGAUGGACACAAGCUCUUGGGACAUGGGAUGUGAUAUGUAUCUACUCCCUGACUCUAGCAUCACCCUCGCCAAAAUGCUGUGUUUCCCUAUCUUCAUUCUACAGCAAAACAAUUGUUCCUUGCCCUCAAUGCAGCUGUGGAUGCCAAGGAUUACCUGGAACACAAUGUGUAAAGUUUGGUGAUGUACCGUCUCUCUUGCAACAAAAUCAGGAUCCGACUGAAGCUCCAACCCCACUGGUAAGGUGUACCAGGCACAUGUGCCCUGUAAACGUACAUUGGCAUGUAAAACAAAGUUACAAAGAAUACUGGAGGGUGAAGAUGACAAUGACGAAUCUGAAUAUUGUCAAGAAUUAUUCUGACUGGACUUUGGUGGUUAUGCAUCCCAAUUUGCAAAGUCUUGUUCAAGUCUUCAGCUUCAACUUCAAACCACUUAACCAGUAUGGCAGCGUCAAUGAUACGGGAAUGUUUUGGGGGACUCGCUUCUACAAUGACGUGCUGCUGCAAGAAGGUGAGAUGGGGAAUGUACAAUCCGAAAUGUUACUACGCAAAGAUCCAGGAUUAUUCACGUUCAGGGAAGGAUGGGCUUUCCCCAGAAGAAUAUCUUUCAAUGGCGAUGACUGUGUCAUGCCCCCUCCCGAUCAGUACCCGAAGCUGCCCAAUAUGGGAAACACUGCUAAAUCCAGCCGUUCUGCCAUCUUUUUCUCAUUUUUGUUGCUAUUAGUUAUGUUCUGAAGCAAUGAUCAGGUUUGAGAGUUCACCCUACAAACUUGUAUCGAGCCCAUCUCCAGUCACUUGGAAUUGUUUUUAGAUUCUUAAUAUAUCUAGAUAUAUAUAUUCCAUUGGUAACCAUAUGAUCUGAGAUGGAAUCAUAAUAAACUUGAAUCCAAAUU